AUGGCGAACUCUCCCAAUACCGCCACGAGGACUCUUCUUUACGCCUUCAAGAUGUCCCCCUUCCCACUGGCACUGGCACCAUCGCGUGUGACCUUUCUACCGGACACGAACGUCCUUUUGCUCCAGCAACUUUACGACGACGAGUGUUCAAAGCUCUUCACAAUCUAUCCCACCCUGGAGUCCGGGCGAGCCAAAACGCAUCGGCAUACUAUUACACCGCCAGGUACUUUCGCCACUCCUGAUGCACGCUUCAGUCAUGUGCACAUUGACCUGGUAGGUCCGCUUCCACCAUCUAACGGUUCUACCUAUAUGCUGACAUGCAUUCAUCGCUUUACUCGGUGGCCGGUUGCUGCGCCCAUUCCGGCCAUCAGUGCAGAAACUGUUGCAAAAGCUUUCCUGACUCAUUGGGUGUCCAAUUUUGGAGUUUCUGCGACUGUCACCACUGACCGCGGAUCCCAAUUCGAGUCCACACUGUUUCGCGAACUCACAUCCCUUCUCGGUACCAACCGAAUUCGAACAACAGAGACCAACCCUCAAGCAAAUGGUCUCGUCGAACGCUUCAAUCGACAGCUCAAGACUUCUCUUGUGGCCCAGCCCGAUCCUUCCCGAUGGUCUGAUCACCUUCCCCUAGUGCUUUGUCCCUCCGUUCCACUCUCAAUGCCGACAUAG